AUGCGGAUGGUCGCUGUAUUGCUGAUGCUCAUUUUGUUCGGUUUUAUACAGGGAAAGGCUACGACACCCAAGGAGUACAAUCUGGAUGGCAAAGAAAAAUUACCCCCAUAUGAUAGCCUAAAAAAACCUCGGGACCCUUUUCGAAGAAGAGGUUUUUACGAUCCAGUAGAGUACUAUGAAGAAGAGGAGCAGAUGCCAUCGGAAGCAGAGCUAGUAGAAAAGAAGUUCCUAGUUAAACGCGAAGCGUAUAAAGGAGAAUCUGAAGAUGAUGAAGCUUAA